AGAUUUUUUUUGCAUGAUCUAAUAAGUCCUAUCUACUAUCCAGUAUGAUCUAGAAAGAAGCCUAGAAUAUUCUCACAAUUGAGCGAACAUUUUUUGCAAUAGUAGAGGAAAGUGAUGAACAUGAAUCUGUUCAAGAAACUCAAUUUUCUUCAAUCUUCACUCAUAUUCAAUGUCAUAUUAGUCUCUUCUACUCCUCAUCAUAAUCAGACAAACUACUGUGAGAAUAUUAGAACUCAACAAACUCCUUUCUUGAAUUCAAACUCUUCUUCUACACCUUCUCUAUUAGCUAACAUCACCCUGUGCAGAUCUCAGAAUCUGUACUUCAGAACAUCCCUUGGCCUUUUCCAUGUUUCUUCAGUUGAUUAUAAUGUUAGAUUAUUAACAAUCACUCACUCAUCUUGUUCUUCUUCUCUUCAAUAUGUUUCUCCUCUAGAAAUCACUGCUGGUUUCCCUUCUCCUCCAGAACCUAACUCACUUAUUCUCUUCAAUUGCUUAAGCAGAAGCGAACCCAUUUCUCCAUUUAUGCAAGAUCUUUGCAGAGACUUGUAUACAUGUGGAGAUGCUGCUUCAUCAUCUUCUAAAACUCAAGACCAUGAGAAAGAGAAACAUCCUUAUUCAUGUUUAGUUGUUGAAGAUCUAAGAAAAGUUGAAAAGGAUUUUCAUCCUAAACAUUGGAACUGCUCUCACUACAGCUGGGUUCAUAGAAACUCAUCAGAUGGUGGAGAUGAUGAAAGAUAUAAAGUGGGAAUGAGGAUAACUUUCGACAUUCCAGCAUCAGAUAUUUGCAAAGGGUGUGAAAAUUCUAAUGGAAGUUGUGGUGCUGGGUUGAAGUGUUUAUGCCAUCCAAAAGAGUGCACAGACAAGGUCAUCUCCAAGACUGGGUCCAUAAAACUCACUGGUGGUGUUUUUUACUCCCUGCUUUUUUCUUUCAUUGGUUCAGCAGCCUUAUUCAUGCAUGUCUAAAGCAAAAAGGACUGAAUUUUUAGGAGGAAAAUAAAACGAAGAAACAGAAACUACAAACUAGCGUCUAAAUACAAUGACGCAAACAUUGCAGAAGGUGGUUGUCCACAAAUCUGAUGCGGCGACCCCUCUCCACAAGUUGUUUAUCUAACGGAAAAAUCCAAUUUUCACAAAUAAAAAAUUAUAUGGCCCAUACUCAAAUAUCAAAUGGAUCACUAGCAUCAUUCCCACUUCCCACUGUAAUUUAAAGGAAACAUCAACCACAACAAGAACAAAUAAUAAUAAAGGCUUAAUUGCAUUAUUGGUCUCUCACCUAUCGCGGUUAUCUAACUAUACAAGUAAUUUGUCAUCCAUGUCUCGAAGCGAGACCAGGCCAGUUGAACAGCAGCUUCAUCUUCAUCAGACAUUCCCGUGCUGUUCCACCUCUCGAUUCCUUCUAGAGAUCUGUUCAUAAAUGAGUGUCUCUAACCAGGAUAUAUGUGUACCUCAUAGAAAACUCGAGAUUCCCUCAAUUUAUUAUCCAAAUCCUUAGCAGCCUGACACAUCCAAAAAUGUCAUAAGAUGGUGUUCUUGUAUCAAAGAAAUUUAGGCUCAGAUCAACGUGUUUUCUAACUCUUCCCUUCCCCAUUCAAACAAAUAUGAAGCUGAAUAAAAUCAAUGUUACUACAGUCUUAGACAAACAAUCACUAGGCUUUAGAAGUCUUUCGUACAUUUUCUCUUACAAAAAAACACAUAAUGAAUUUCACUUAUCAUUCCUAAACCUCAAUCAUUAGGUUUUUUAACAAACACACAGAUCUGUUUUAGGAAAAGAGACUUUUUGCAUACCAAUUACAAAGAAAUUAGUAGGAUUGGGAAGGUAGGGAAGCUCCUUCCCUCACCAACAAGAAAAUGAGGUGAUAUUGAAUUGGAGAAUACAGCUAUAAUAAUAUAUGUAAACUGACUAAAGGGAUUUCAACUUUCAAGUGUGUUGCAAACAUACCUCAACAUACCUCAACAUCCGAAAAGUCAACAAAUUCAUCCAGCUCUCCAACCUGAACAGGACAAUCGGAAUUGGAAAGCAAGGAACAAGGAACGCCAUAGAAAGCUACAACAGCAUCAACAGGUGUUAAAAAGUAAGAGCUGGUAAUAGCGAGAGCACCCCCCUUACAAAAGCCAGUUACACCAACCUGUUACAAUCAAAUAUCAAUUCACAUUUUUCUUUAACCAUCCUAACAUAUUCUAUUAGCUUAUCUAAUCAUGCCUAAUAAAGUGUGUCAAACUGGCCCUCACACCAACUAAGAGUCAGUUUGGUUUCCGGUUGGAAGUACAUUCGGCUUACAUAUUUAGUUCUCCAAGACAGUUAAGCAAAGUUGUUUGAUUGAGAAAAAUCACAUUCACAUCAUCCAAUCUAAUGGAUAAACAAAUACACUCUACAUCUUAAGCAGAAAGCUAAUUUAUGUCUGUUGAAAAAUAAGAAGAACCUUUUGCAACCUUGGAAUGGUGUCAAAAACAAAAAUGACUCUUCAGACACAAGUAUGUUGUUAACCAGGAUAGUGUGGUGGAUAGGAAAUUCUAAAACAAUAAAUUUUCAUCCUAGACAACACAUGGAAAGAGACAAACCUUCUUAGAACCUUUAGUUUUAAGCCAUUCAACUGAAGAAUAAACAUCCAACACAACACCUUCCCAAUCAUAACCUUUAAACAAUUGCCUUACGUUUCCUCGGUACAGACUGGUGAAAAAAGCAAAACACAUGAGUGAUCCAAAUUCCUAAUACAGAAUAAUAUGACACUGCAUGAUGCUUACAGAACAAUUUUAGGUAUCCUACUCUGGAAUAAGAACUUUAAAUCCACGACCAAGCUGAGAAAUCCUCAAAGCAUGAUAUUUUACACGAUAAUCCACACCCAACCAGUCCUGAAGCACAACAAUUCCAGGCGCGUCGUCCUCACCAACAACAUAUGCAUCAAAUGUCUAAUAAUUGAAAACAGCAACAUAACAGAAUAUUAGCGCGCAAAGUUCAAAAAUAUAAUGUAAUGUUUCUAUACUGUAAUUGCAAUGCUAAAAUCAGGCUAGAAUGUAGAAUUAGAAAUGAUAAAAGUACAAGAUAACGUUACACAUUGAUGCCCAAAAAUCAAGUUCUGUUACGAAAAUUUAGUUUAAGUCUAAAACCUCAGAAAAUCAUAAAAAAUGAAACUGUAUCAGAGUAUAGAGCAAAACAAAUGAACCCCAUGAGUUAAAAAUGAUUUUUUCAAGAAAUAAAGGGAAUCAAACAGCAAAGUAUGAGAGGGGUUUGUGGCAACUCACAGCGUGAUCACCCCAUUUCCUUGGAAUCUUGAUUUUGUGGUAGGGAGCAGAGUCAGCGAUGGAGGAGAAACGAGGAGGAGUAGCAAAGGGUGAAAUGGUGGUGAAGAAUUUGGGAGCGGAAGAAGAAGAUGAUCUCAAAACUCUCAACAUUCUAAGUCUCUCACACUCACUUCAGUGUUGGCGCUCAUUCAGGUUCAGGGUUAACAUCUAUUGAUCAUCUCAAAUGUUGGCACCCGCCACAAGUCGAACUCUGGACUAAAUAGCGCCCAACUAUCAACCAGUGUUACCGCUUUUGAAGAGAGUAAUAAUAUACAUACACACUUCACUUUC